AUGAACACCUCUGUAGACAGCAACUCUACUCUCCUCUUCUCCUUCAAUGAAAACCUUCAGUAUGUCCAGUAUGUACUGUACACUGCUGCUGACUCCAUCAACCUCAUCCUGGGUCUCCCCACCAAUGUCUACGUCGUGUGGCUGAUAGUGACCGGAGCGGGAGGGACGAUGGCUUCAGACUUCUUCUCUCUCAACCUGUCUGUGUCUGAGAUUCUCUACAUUCUGUCCAAUCUGAUGCUUAUUGUUCAUUAUAACAUCCAAGAUAAUGGUGCUUUUUGGAGCGUUGGUACAUUCUUUGAAGGUUUCAACCUCUUUGGUCGUCCUCUGUUCCAGUGUUGUAUCUGUGUGGAGCGCUACCUGGCGGUGGUCCACCCUGUAACCUUCCUGAAGUACAAACCCCUGAGAUACAGGGUGGGGUGUUGUGGUGUUGUCUGGCUGAUUUUGCUUGGCUCCUGCUUUGUAAAUAUGCUUAGUAAUUACGAAUCUGCAUGGUUCUUUUGUUUGAUUUUUAACCUGUUUACUCUUUCCGUGAUGUUGUUAUGCUGCCUGGCUGUUCUCUGGGCUCUGAAACGUCCCGGUCCGGGGGAAGGAGAGAGAGAGGGGGAAGGGAUGAACAACAUGAAGCUGAGGGCCUUCAGGAUCAUUUCAAUGAUCACGGUGUCUAUGAUUGUCAACUACGUCCCACUGGUUCUUCUCCUAGUCAGUUACCAUUUUAUUGAACCAGUGGAGUAUUUUAAGGGAAGUUCCAUUUGUUUCUUUAUCACAGUUGUCAGUGGGUUUGUUCAGCCCCUCCUCUACCUCCACAGGUCUGGGAAACUGCCCUGUGUCACGGGACCCUGA